GAACGGCGGCCGCUCUCUCGAAAAACACCGAAGAAGUCUGGUACAGUGUAACUCGGCACCUUUAGUAAGUAGCUUAGUUGGAUAAAUAUCAAUGCUAACGGCGAGAGGACAGCGAGUCUUCGGGGUGUUUAUCGGUAGCGUUAUCAGCGACUAACGACGGACGAGUUUAAAGGGCAUCGGAAUUUCGGAUGAUCUGCCAAGUGCAGGUGCAGUGCCGUCGAGUGUGGUGGGUGCAUAUUCUGCAUGCACUUCAGUGUAACUGUGCGUAGGUGCACCUCCGAGCUGGAGCACCCAGGAGGGUUCCCUGCCUCGCCCUGGGCGGCAGUGUUGGGUCAUCAACAUACCGCCGCUGCAGCUGUUGCAGCGGCGGCUGCCAGCAGUAUGAUGCAAACUAGGGAUCAUCAUUCGUACGCCACCCAUCACCCCGCUACUCCAAUUGACUUACACGUGCCACAGGCUUUCCCCUAUUAUCGGUACAGAGAUGAUACAUUAUGUUGGACUGAUAGGAAACCGUCUAUGGACGAUGUAGGAAAUGCUUCCUCAGUUAAUGCACGGUAAGAAAUAAUAUGCAGUACUUCUCUCCUGGUGAAUUGUAAGUAGAUACUGUAUUUUAAGAAAAUCAUGGAACAGUAUGUCACAUAAUUGAAUGAAUAUCUCAAAAAAAAAAUUCUCGAUUGAUGUGAAUAUUCAUCCAAUAAUUUAAUAUUUGUUGAUUUUUAGAACAGAGUGAAUUGUAGAUUAAGCAUUAGAAAUAAUACAAUUUGGCAAUUUUACGAUAUUUCACUGGCAUUCGCACAAUUUCACAACUAAAUAAUUUGUCAAUAGUAAUAGAAAAAAUAAAAGUCACAACACAUAUUCAUUCAAUUUCUAUAACAAUAAUUUGUUUUCUAAUUUAUUGGUAAUAUAUCUGAAGAAUUUUAUAUAUUCUGUUUAAGACAAUUUUAACGAAAUUUACUUAAAUUUUCACAUAUGAUAUCCAGGUAACGUUAAGAGUUCACACAUAGGGUGCUUCAAAAUUAAAUUCUACAGUACGUAGAAAAAUUUGAAAUGAACAAAUGGCUUGAGAAGAUCUGCAAAUGAUUUUUUUAAUCCUUCGUCUUAUUUUGUUAUUUUCGAAAUAUCUUUUGCAACGUUGCUGUUAUGGUUUUGUUGUUAAAUAACUGACACAGUAUUAAAGAGGAAGAAUUAGUUGCACAAACCGAAGCAACAUUCAUAUUUUUAACAGUUUACUUCUGAUUCUGUAUACCGUAUUUUUUUAAUCUAUCGUUUUCCAUGGCAAGUUUUUAUUGUCGGACCCUUUUCGGUGUAACAUUUAUAGAAUAAGUGAAUAUUGAAAAUAAUUUUUCUUUUAUGCAGAGUUUAAAAGAAAUCGACAGAUAAUUUCAGAUAGGCUCUUGGAUCAAAACGAGACAAAAAAUUCCUGAACCAAUCUGGGUUUCAGUUUCCUAUUUGAAAGGAUUUCUAUUUGAUUUAUCAUUUGUUUACAUUAAAGAAAAAACAUAAAUGACAUCAAUAAGCUCACAAAAGUUAAAUAUCGAAAAUAUGCAAACCACGUUAAAUAUUGAAAUAGAAAAUAGAAAAAUUCGUUCAAUGCAAUUGCAAACUCUACAUCCAAGAAAAAGGCACAAACUGGAGAAUCAGUUAUGAAUCAAUACUUGUUGGAACAUUGGGUAUCACAAUCGCAUUGUUUUUCUGAUUGCCCAAAUUGGAUAUACUCAUGAUUCAAACUAUUUCUGACUGUUGUUACAACAAAUCUUCAAUAUAGAGCUAUCUGAUUCAUUUGACUAGGUUGAACAUUACCAAUAAAACUUAAUCAUUAUUCUUAGGAUUAAAUUCACGAAAUAUGACAAUACAUGUAUAAAUAUGCAGAAAACGGCACUAACGAGCAAAAUGCAUAGAUAUUAGUUAUUUAAAAAAACUGACAAACUAUUGAUAGUAACAUGUUGAACGUAGUUGGAUAGGUAACAGUAGUUCGAUCCAGACAAAAAUUAGUUUUCUGUUGGUUAACAUAUGAAAUUUCAUAUUCUGCUUUCGUGAAUGAGCAGGGUAAAAAUGGAAUAUUUCAAGUGUAUUUCAAGUAUAAAUGGAACAUACUAAGUACCGAAAAUAGAGAAUUCUCAAGGUAUCAAGUAUACAGAAUGCAUUCAUGAGGGCAAGGUUAUUCCAAAAAACACUGUCAAAUUAGCAUAAUAGCUCUUUUUAAUUGAAAAUAAAGUUUCGGUCACUAUCCUUGAUCACUUGAGUUUGGAUCAUCCUGUAUAACUUGGAAGCCGUAAAAAAUCAAAUAUCAAAUUUUAAAAUAAUAGAAUCACGCAUAUGACACGAGUAGUUCAAAAUAUAUUUUACCCUGAUUUUAUCCAAAAACUACAAAAAAAAAUUAGAUUAUCAUCACUUCGGGAAAGCUGUUUCUCCAAAUCAAGGAAUAAAAGACCGAUACUUGAGAUUCACGGUUCAUUAUUGGUAUGUUUGAAGGGAUUGCGAAUUAAGGGCCAUAGCCCCAAAGAGAGUAGUGAAUUGCAAAUAAUUCAAUAACGGAUGAAGGGUGGAG